GCCGAUAAAGAAACACACUGGAGCACCAGAGGUAAAGCAAGGCUACGGACAGAGAUAAAGAUAACGUCUGGAUAUAAAUGCUCACACCACUGGCUGGGGAAUAAUAACUGCAGCAAGUGACAGGAGGAUACAGAGAAAGGGGGAAACAGAGAGAAGAUGGAUGUACAAACGGAUAACAUGGACCCCCCGCCUUGUGAAUCCCAGUCGAGUGGAAAAAUCAGAAAAGGAUUCAAGCUGUUUGGCAAACGCAAGCCAGGUAACAUCUUUUCUAUUCGAAGCAAAGGGGAUGGAAACAACAAGUCACCUGUUAACAGGAGCAAAACCCUAGAUGGAUUAUCGGAGACCACUGCAGCAGAUUCAGAGCUGGAGCCAGACAAGGAAAAGGGACAUGAGGUGAGUCAAGGAGAGAGGGAACAGGCAGAGGAGGAACAGCUUGGCGAAGAUGGCGUUCUAGCUGCCGCCCAUGCUCGCACCUCUAUUUCUUCGGCAAGCUCAGCCAAGUCCCUCAGCUUCCUGUCAUUACUGAGGGGUGGCCGGAGAGGAGUAGGGGACCGCAGAGUCCACACCGUGUCCCAGCCAGUGGGUCGGCAACGUCGUGGGCUGAAGGGUCUCUUUGGCAAUGUUAUGUUCCGAUCAAAGGAUAAAGAGGAGAAGGAGGAAGCUCCUCCGAGCCCACUUCUCAUGUCGUCCCGUGCCAACAGUGUGGAAAUCAUCAAAGAGGACCUUACUCUCACCCCCAAAUCCCAGCCUCGCUCUCUGGACAGCCCAGAGACUGAGAGUUGUGAGCCCAUCAGGAGCUUAACAACACAGGACAGUGCAGCCACGACCCCAUCAGAGACUAUAACACCCCAGGUGACAGCAGGCAAUGUGAGUAGAACUAAUGAGCAUGUGCCGCCUUUACCCACCUCUGAACCACCCAUGGUACCAGGUGAUAGUAGCCUGAGCUGCUUGCUGGCAGACAUCUCCUCUCUCCUGACCUUUGACUCAAUCUCAGGGGGUGGAGACAUCAUGGCUGAUGUGGAGGCAGAGUGGGGAAAAGCCAGCAGUGCCAUCAGUGCUGCUGUGACUGAAGUCUCGCCAUCAUCCACAUCUCUUUUCUCCAAACCCACCCCCUCCUUUCCAUUGACUUCUACCUUUGUCAGCACGGCUGUUACAGCAAAACCCUCUCCUGUAGCCGUCCCUGCAACAGCCUCGACCAAAUCCUUUACCCCUCUGACAAAGACAACGCCAUCCUCUUCUCCCAUUGCCAAGCCGAGUGCCAUCAUCACAACGUUGACCAAAACUUCCACUUUGACUACUAACUCAGUCAAACUGAUUUCAGACUCUUCUAAAGCCGCUGAGACUUUCACCAGCGUUAAAAUUAAAUCCUCUCCUACACCUAUUGCAGGAAAACCUUCAACUACCCCUGUAACAACAACAAGCCUUUCAUCUCCAAUAACGUCUUCCUUUUCAGCGACAAUUAAAUCCACACCAAGUUCCACCUCUGCUACUACCAUAGCCCCUCCAAACACCCCGGCCACUGUAGUCAAGGCUCCCUCAGUUAGUCCAACUCUUACCUCUACGGUCAGCAAGUUGGCUUCAGAGACUGCAGCGCCUACUCCAGUGAUUCCUCCAGUAAAUAAAUCUAGCCUUGUAGCUACUGCAUCUCCUGUGCCAGCUAAACCUUCACCUGUCACCCAUAGCCCUCCCGCCCCAGUAGCUUCUACCCAACCUCCACCUGCCAAAUUAGAUUCAGCUAGCAAUUUGAACCUGCAAACUUUCACUUCCUUCAAACCUUCCCUAAGUUCAGCUGCAGGAGAAUCUAAAGCCCCAGUGACAGUAUCACCGGCCUGUACCAUUACAACCAAACCCUCCUCUUCGCCGGUUAUCCUCUCCAAGAUGACAACGUUUCCCAUAUCAACUACAACCUUAAACUCGGCAUCUGUGGCAGUUUCGAAGCCUGUACUCACCUCUAGCCCACUGGACUUAAGUAAGACCCCUCCCUUCCUUGUAAAUGUUCCACAUCUUGGUUCUUCCUCUACCCCAAUUGCCACAACUAAAACCCAAUCUGUCCCAACUCCAUCUUUAACUUCUUCAGAUAAGAUUCCUCCCACAACUAAACCCUCUCCUGCACCAGUCUCUUUAGACAAGAUGCCCCCUACUCCCACGCCAACUUCAGCCUCUACCACUCAUGCUGUUGUCUCUACAGCAUCCCCAACACCUCCUGCUCUGGGUCAGAUCCCAGUGUCUCAAGCUAAAGCCCCUUGUGCUCCUGCGCAAAUCAAAAUUUCUGUAUCUAAAGAGCCCCCUGCCCCUGCUCAGAUACCAGUUUCUGCAUCUAAAUCCCCUCCUGCCCCUGCUCAAAUCCCAAUUUCUGUGUCUGAAGAUCCCCCCACUCCUGCUCAAAUUCAAGUUUCUCAAUCUAAAACCCCUCCUGCCCCUGCUAAGAUCCCAGUUUCUCUAACUAAAGAUCCUCCUGCCCCUGUUUGUACCCCAAUUUCUGUAUCUAAAGAACCUCCCGUUCCAGCUCAGAUCCCAGUUUCUGUAUCUAAAGAUCCUUCUGCUCCUGCUCAGAUCCCAGUUUCUGUAUCUAAAGAUCCUCCUGCUCCUGCUCAGAUCCCAGUUUCUAUAUCUAAAGAUCCUCCUGCUCCUGCUCAGAUCCCAGUUUCUGUAUCUAAAGAUCCUCCUGCUCCUGCUCAGAUCCCAGUUUCCGUAUCUAAAGAUCCUCCUGCUCCUGCUCAGAUCCCAGUUUCUGUAUCUAAAGAACCUCCUACUACUGCUCCGAUCCCACUUUCUCAAUCUAAAGCCCCUCUUGCACUUACCUCUGCCCCUGCCCAUUACCCUAUCACUUCUCUUUCUUCUACCCCUGCACUAUGCCCAAGUGAAGCCCCAGCCUCUGCUAGGAUGAGAGGAAAUGGACAGGCAUCAGUGGAUGGGCAACUGGCAAGUUCAAGUAGCACAGGUUUCCAGGGGGCCCAGACAGUCCCGUCCAAAACAGAUGAACUACACAACGAGUCACGAACAAGCCUCCAGGGCCCCUCAAGAGAAAAGAGGACAACACAAAUAAAGGCAUCAGGACUUAGCAAAAUACCUGUAGUUGGAGGGGGGAGAGUAGGUAAGCUACCUGUCCGGGAGAGUCAACAUGUUGAUGAUGAAGCAAGCAGGGACCCACCUACCCCUGUGCUAGAAGAAGAGAGGCCCCAUUUCAACUCACAUGAUGCAGGGAGCAAAGAUAAAAUCAGUGAUGUUGGAGCAAUUGUGCCCAUCUCAAAACACACCCAGGAGGAGAGUCAGCAGCCUCCCCAGCCGAAAGUUCUCACCAGUUUACCGCGUGACUCUAAGAUCCCUGUGAAGCAUGGCGCACAGUCUCACACUGCCUCUCAAAUCCCUCAAGCAAAAGAACCCCCUCGCACCAAGAUACCCGUGUCCAAGGUUCCUGUCCGCAGGGUUGGUAAUAAACCUGCAGCUAUGGGUGGCAGCACACAGAUAAGAAAAUGAAACAAUAGACUGAUCAAUCAACAAUACAGAUUAUGGCUUUGACUGCAUUUUUUUUCCAAUAUAACUACAUGGCCACUCUUUUUUAAUUCAUAUUUCUAUACUGUAACUGUCUUGGCGUGUCUCUCUGUCAUCUCUUGGCUUCACUACAUCAUAAGUAACAGUAACAGAGUCAAGGAGGCUGACAACACUCAAGCACAAAACAUCUCCACGGGGAGCCAAAGCAAAAAGCCUGGCUCUUUGGUGCUGAGCCAACUGGACAUGCACUCAGGAAAGGUUCAGGGUCACACCUGAACACACAGCAGCAUCGGUAACUAAGGAUAAGCAAGAUUAAAGGUCUUCUGGGAACACAGUCACACACACUAUAUGGGCGAGUGCCUUUUUAAGGGUGCUUUUCCUACAGACUCUCAGAAUUUGUUCAGUCUUUUCUACAGUACUUUUAACUUUUGUUACUCCCACUUUUUGUAGAAAUUGUCAAAUCUUUUUUGUCUUUCUUUCCAGCAAGUCUCUUUGAUAAUAACCAGUCCCUUUACGUUUUUAUUUAUGUCAGGAGAAGAACUGCAGGAGCUCUAUAAAUUAAUGCAAAACAACCAAAUUUACAUUCCACACCUAUUUCUGGAUGUAUGUAGCAGAAAACGUGCCAUUCAUUUUUGCACAAGAUGUUGAACUGUACAGCGCCUGUGUGUCCGCCUGCUCAUAUGUAACAUGAUCUGAUCUCACUGUGAACUAUGGGAGAGACUGGUUUUAAGGGAGGAAUGGAAAUAACUCCUUCCAAUGAAAUGGACAGUGGGCAGCAGCCAUUAUGAAUGGCACUGUGGACAUUUGAACGAGACAGAGGAUGCUGAGAUGAGAUCUCCAGCUCGUACACUGGCAUAUCUUUAUCCUUACCCCACCAGAUGAGAACAAUAUCCAUGUAUAGUCUCAUCUAUGUUGUUAUGUUUCCUAUUUAAUCAA